AUGGAUUCCCUGGUGGAUGGGAACCACACUGCAGUGACAGAAUUCAUUUUAUUGGGCUUAACAGACGAUCCUACCCUUCGGGUCAUCCUCUUCGUGGUCAUCCUGUGCAUCUACCUGGUGACUGUAUCUGGCAAUCUCAGCACAAUCAUUCUUAUCAGAAUCUCUUCUCAGCUCCAUCAUCCUAUGUAUUUCUUCCUGAGCCAAUUGGCAUUGGCUGACAUAGGCUACUCAUCCUCUGUCACACCCAAUAUGCUUGUAAACUUCCUGGUGGAGAGAAAUACAAUCUCCUAUGUUGGAUGUGCCAUUCAACUUUGUUCAGCCGUUUUCUUUGGGACAGUUGAGUGCUUUCUUCUGGCUGCCAUGGCAUAUGACCGCUUUGUAGCAAUCUGCAACCCACUGCUUUAUUCAACCAAAAUGUCCACACGAGUCUGUGUCCAGCUAUUCUCUGUGGCUUAUGUCGGUGGUUUUCUUAAUGCUUCUUGUUUUAAUAUUUCCUUCUUUUCUUUAUUCUUCUGUGGAUCAAACCGAGUCAAUCAUUUUUUCUGUGAUUUUGCUCCUUUAGUUGAACUUUCCUGUUCUGAUGCCAGUAUCAUUGUAAUGGUCUCCUCAACUUUUGCUGGAUCCAUCAUUGUGGUCACAUUGUUUAUCAUAGCCAUCUCCUAUGUGUACAUCCCCAUCACCAUCCUGAAGAUGCACUCCAGUGAGGGCCGCCACAAGACCUUCUCCGCCUGCACCUCCCACCUUGCUGCAGUAACUCUGUACUAUGGGACCAUUACAUUCAUUUAUGUGAUGCCCAAGUCUAGCUACUCUACUGACCAGAACAAGGUAGUGUCUGUGUUCUACAUGGUGGUGAUCCCCAUGUUGAACCCUCUCAUAUACAGUCUCAGGAAUAAUGAGAUUAAGGGGGCUCUCAAGAGACAGCUUGGUAGAAAAAUAUUUUCUUCAUGA